AGUUUAAGUAUGGUGAAGACAGUUUAGACGUUUCUAAAGUCGGUUUCCUGAUUCCUAAACAAUUCCCUUUCUUACUCUCAAAUAAACAUAUCCUGAAGAAAAAACAGAAGAAAAUGCCUCAUGAUGAAGCUGUGGAACAUGACAUUAGUAAGCUUGAGGAAAAGAUUCGUAAGUGGCAGAAAAAGAAUAAACACCAUGUUCAUGGUCAUGUGAGGCGGUCAGGAUUUCUGCAGUUCUGUGAAGAUGUUGGAAAUGACCUUGACCUUACUGAGGUCAUUGACAGUGCUCCUGGAAGGUCAGAUAAAGAUUGGCAUCUGACUACGAUGUGGAAAGACUUGAGUGAUAAACAAAAGAGAAAAUAUGAGAAGAAGAGUUUACGCUGUCCUGACCCAGUACUUUCCAAGUUUUUACCAUACUAUCCAAAUGCAUUACCAGAAAAGCUUGGAAAUAUUAUCAGAAACUUUGCAAAGACAACUAGUAAUGAGAGUCAGUUCCUAAAGUUGAUGAACAUGAAGCUACAACAAUCUGUAAUAGAUCCAGGGGAAGCUGUUGGUCUGUUGUGUGCUCAGUCUAUUGGUGAACCCUCCACUCAGAUGACCUUGAACACAUUUCACUUCGCUGGUCGAGGUGAAAUGAACGUGACCCUUGGUAUCCCUCGGUUACGUGAAAUCCUCAUGGUAGGAAGUAAGACUAUAAAAACUCCAGCAUUAGAUCUACCUGUGUUACCAGGGAAUGAUAACAUGGCUAAAGUAAAACAGCUUCAGAGAAGGCUGACUAAAGUUAAUCUUGAUGAGGUUAUACAAAGCAUUCAGGUCUGUGAAUGGUUGGCCAUAAAAGGAAGAAUUAGAUAUCAACGAAGAAGAGUGUUUAGAAUACGCUUAAAUUUUCUACCAAGAGAGUGUUACAAAGAACGUUUUAUAGUUGUUCCGAAUAAGAUAUUAAAGUUUGUGGAGAAAACAUACAUUAAAAAAGUGGUACAACUGAUAAGAGCCAAAAUCAAUGCUCAGAAUAAGUUGCUGUCAACAGGCACUCAGAAGCAAAAAUAUCAAUCAUCUGCCAAGGAAUCGGAAUCAUCUAAAGCUAAUACAAACAUGGAUGAUGAUGACGACGAUGAUGAUGAUGAUGAUGAUAAAGACAUGGACGCUGAUGAUGGAGAUGACACAGCGAAUAAUCAGAAACAGAAAAAGAAAGAGGAACAUGAGUAUGAAGAAGACGAGAAUAGUAGAGACUCGCUUGAUAAAGAUCAAGAAGAUGAGGAUGUAGAUAUGGAAGAUGAAAUACCUGAAACAGAAGAUAUAAAUGAAGAACUAAUUGAGGAAUAUGAAGAGAGAGAAAAAGACAAUCCAGAAAGUCGUAUAAAUGCUGUUUUACAAUGUGCACCAGAGGUGGAUCACUAUAGAUAUGAUAUAAAGAAAAAACGUUGGUGUGAGGUCACAAUUAGUUUUCCUUUACAAAACAGUAAGAUAGAUCUACUAGCAUUGUUAGAAUCUGACCUGAAGAAGCAUGUUGUACAUGAAGUGCCAGGAAUAUCUCGCUGUAUCCUAGGUGAACAAGACGGGCCAAAUGGUAAAGAGAUGCAUCUAAAAACAGAGGGCAUCAAUAUGCAUGAGUUAUACAGGAAUGCAGAUAUUCUGGACAUAAAUCGUUUAUACUGUAACAGUAUACAUGAUAUUGCUAUGACAUAUGGUAUUGAGGCUGCUAGUCGUGUUAUCAUAAAGGAGGUUCAAGCUGUGUUUGCGGCCUAUGGUAUCGAAGUUGACUACAGACAUCUAUCUCUCCUAGCGGACUACAUGACCUUUGAAGGGUCAUAUAAACCAUUUAACAGGAUUGCCAUGGAGACCAAUCCAUCUCCAUUACAGAGAAUGAGUUUUGAACAGACUAUGAAGUGUUUAGUGGAUUCUACUGUACAGAGUCGUGUAGACAGUCUUACUUCACCGUCGGCACAAAUUGUGCUAGGUGCGAAUGUUACAAGCGGCACCGGAUCUUUAGACUUGAUAACGCCCCUGACAUUUUAAAUGAUGUGAAUAUAUUAAUGAUUCUUGUUACAUGCCUAUGAAUAUCGGUUGCCACCUGUGUUCAGAAAUAAAUUUGAAGUUUUA